CUCCAUGGCAGACUACGUGUGGGUUAACCCCGCCUCCUCUCCUACUAUAGGACCCCCUACCCAUAAAUUUGAGCUCACCUCCAUGGACGGUGUUCCUUUUUUGUCCUCCUCACAGGGACCACACUUCACGUCUUCUCUGUGCAUGUCGUUCGGAUUGGUACCAGCUGUGCGGUGCACCCAGGGCCCAGCUAUGAGCGGGCGAGCGGUUUUGGGCGAUAAGGAGUACCCCUAUGGUGGAAGGGAGGUAGCCCAGGGUACCAGGAGGAACGUUUUGGUCGGCUGGCAAGGUCUGAAGUUUUCAUCUCUUUUGUCACAUGGCAGACAAGUUUUUAUAUGUCCGUUUUUUUGUCCCUUGUCUUGUCUGUGCCUGCCUGUUUAUUAUUGUUAUUUCCCCCAGGCUUCUCUGGCGUCCUGUGGAGCGCUUCUGCGCUCCAGGACGCCAUUGUACUUGUACCAGGGUGGGCGGAUUGCCGUACGUCUGCGCAUGCGCGAAGCCGCGGUGAAACCGAGGCUUGGUUUUCGCGCAUGCGCAGUACGUCCGGUCUCUUCGGUGCAGGCGCGCAUCUGAGGACCGGCCGUGACGUCAUUCCGGCGGGGAAUUUAAACCGCCGAGGUGCCCUAGACAGGUGGGAUAACCUGUGGGCAAGUCGGCAGCAUCCCGGAGCCUCAACGUCCUUAGGGCAAGCCUAAGUGUCUGAUAUCAUCGGAUUAUCUUGGUUCGUUGUGUCAUCAUGGAAUCAUCUUCACCGCCGUGUGGCCAGCCCUCCCGCACAAGGUAUGUGGUCACCUUCCCCCCCCCCCUUUUCUGUCUAUACUAUGUGUAUUACAGCCCGGCUAGAUCUGUUCAUCGGUUACAAGAUAGGGACCUUGCCAGGCCGCAGCACCGUCAUUCAUCAUCCAGGACCAGACGUGACUCUCCGUCUGGAUCCCACCAUCACAGGGGUCGCUCACAUUCCUCCUCAAGUCACCGCUACCACCACCGCGAUAGUCGCUCUGACCAUAGAGCAUGCUGGGGAUGUAAAACCAGAAUCCCGGAGGGGAAAUCGCUAUGCGAUCCAUGUUAUGCUCGAGCGGUCGGUGAGAAAGAGACGGAAAAACAAAAUCUAGAGUCUCUUGUUAAACGUGUGGUGCAACAAUCCAUGAAAGAUUUAGACACCCCCCACACGAGGAGCCAGUCCACCAGCUUUUCUGGCUCCCUGGCUGACGUGGCCCAGGAGGAUCCCGGUCAAUUCCAGCCUCAUGAUGCCUCCCAUGACUCCUCGUAUAGCGAGACGGAGGGAGAUGAUUACUCGGUGGGUUUUGACUACGCUUUAGUCUCCCCAUUAAUUAAAGCGGUCAAGGAGACCCUAAAACUGGAGGAUACUGCUGCUCCCCCAGAGAAACAGAGGAAACUGUUCAAACAACUGGGAAAAGAACGUUCCAAUUUUCCACUUUCCUCCGAACUGAAAGAUAUGUUUGAGGAAGAAUGGAGCAAAGGGGAUAAAAGAGUUUCAAUGUCAAAUAAAACUUCAAAACUUUAUCCUUUCAAAGCUGAGGAUAUUAAACACCUGGAAAAUGCUCCCCUUGUGGAUGCAGCAGUAAUGCGCCUGGCGAAACAUGUCACUCUUCCGCUAGAAGAUUCAGUAUCCUUUAAGGAUGGCCUGGAGCGCAAAAAAGAUCAAGAUCUUAAAAGGAUCUAUAACAACUGCAAACCAGCCUUGGCAUUGGCAGUCACGUCCAAAGCUAUGGAAGCCUGGAUUGAAAAUGUGGACUCAGUUCUGAAAGGAGUGUCAGAAGAUCUAGCUCAAGGAUCGGCAGUUCAAGAGCUUAAAAUGGCAGUUGCCUUUUUGGGGGAGGCAUCGAUUGACCUUGUUCGCCUGAUGGCCAGAACAAUGUUGUCGUCAGUCACGGCCAAGCGGGCUUUGUGGUUGCGCCCCUGGCUUGCUGAUCCAGCCUCUAAACAGGCAUGGUGUAAAAUUCCAUUUGAAGGGGCAUCAUUGUUCGGUAACAAAUUGGAUAAUGCCAUUUCUAAGGCCACAGGUGGGAAGUCGGGGUUCCUCCCCCAGGACAGGCGUCCAUUUAACCAAAGACGACCUCGACGUAGGCGCAGUACAGAGCGCUCGAGGGAAGCACGCUCCUAUAGACCAGGCCAAAAUUUCAGGAGAAACUGGAACUGGAAUCGAGGACAAUCUUCCUUUCAGAAGUCCGCCAACAAGCAAACAUCUGGUGGGCGCGAGCCAACAAAAUCUUUUUGA